GGAGGCCGAGCUGGAGGGCGGCUGCCCCCGGCCCGGCGAGGGGGACGCCGCCCAGAAGAAGGCCAGCCGGGACGCGGGGCCGCCGGGGCGCUGCGCGCAUGCUGGGCCGGCGCCCGGGGCCGCUCGGCCCCCGAUGCCCCGGAGACCUGGCAUGUCGGUGCACUACACCCUUAACCUGCGCGUCUUCUGGCCCCUGGUGACCGGCCUGUGCACCGCCCUCGUGUGCCUCUACCAUGUCCUGCGAGGGAGCGGCGCCCCCGGGGCCGAGCCCCCCGACGGCGCGGACGGCGGCGGCAGCGGCGAAGGCAGUGGCUACCAGCUGUUCCAGGUGGCCGCGCUGCUCUUCCUGGGCUACGUCCUCCUGCGCUGUCGCCACGCCGUCCGGCAGCGCCUCCUGCCCGGGCCUCCUCGGGGCCUGGCCGGCCACCCCGCCUUCUCCGCGCGGGGACGCUUCCCGGAGCCCAGCCUCGGCAUCCUGCUGGAGAGCUACUACGAGCACGAGGUGCGCCUGUCCCCCCACGUGCUGGGCCACAGCAAGGCGCACGUGAGCCGCAUCGUGGGCGAGCUGGUGCGCGCGGGACGCGCGCGGGGCGCCCCGGGCCCCAUCCCCGGGGGCGCGCUGGCCUUGGCCUUCCGCGGAGACUUCAUCCAGGUGGGCAGUGCCUACGAGCAGCAUAAGAUCCGCCGGCCCGACGGCUUCGACGUGCUGGUGCCUCUUCGCCUCCCGCCGCCGGUGGCGCUGGAGCCUCGGAGCCUGGGCGCGGAGCCCGGGCUGGCGCCCGCCUUGCAUGGCUGCUUCGUGUGCGCGCUCAAGGCGCCGCCGGGGGCCGCCGGGGGCCCGUGGCUGCGGGACUGCAAACCCUUCGCCGACGCCUUCUGCGUGGACGUGCGCGGCCAGCGUCACCUCUCGGCCACGCUGGUGCUGCGCUGGUUCCAGGCGCAUCUGCAGCGCGCCCUGGCCGCGGUGCGCUACAGCCUGGAGGGGCGUUGUCGGGUGAGUCUGACGCCUGGCGGCCUGGAGCAGCCGCCCACCCUGCACAUCCUGCCCUGCCGCACGGAUUACGGCUGCUGUCGCCUGUCCAUGGCCGUGCGCCUCAUCCCCGCGGUGCACGUGGGCGACGGGGUGUUCCUCGUGGCGCCCCCGCCGCCCCCCGCGCCCGCGGGCUCCCCGCCCGAGCUCCCCGGGGGACUGCGCGCCGAGGCCCUGUGGGGCGUGAACACGGCGCGCCAGGAGCAGAAGCUGCUGAGCUGGCUGCAGGAACGGGCCGCCCCGGGGGCCUGCUACCUCAAGUGCCUGCAGCUGCUGAAAGCCCUGCGGGACCUGGGCGCCCGCGGGCUGGACGCGACGGCCGCCGCCCAGUGGGGACGCAUCCUGUCCUCGUACGUGCUCAAGACGGCGCUGCUGGCGGUGCUGCUGCGCGACGAGGCGCCGUCCGCGCGCUGGGACGACGGGCACCUGGAGCAGCGCUUGGCGCAGCUGGUGCGCUUCCUCCGGGACUGCCUGCUGCGACGCCAGACGCUCUUCCACUGCGUCCUGGGCCCCGGCGGGGCGGCCGCCGAGGUGGGGCCCCUGCCCAAGGCCCUCCGCGAGGCCGGCCCGGUCGACCUCCUGGCUCCUUUCGACGGGCGCGCCCGGGAAGUGGCGGCCGCGCGGCUGCUGUCUACCUGGCGAAGGCUGCCCCAGCUCCUCCGGGCCUACGGGGGUCCCCGCUACCUUGCCAGGUGCCCCCUGCCCCGCGCCCCGCGCUCUCGGGGCUUCCCAGAGGAUGAACCCUAACUCCCCCCCACCCCCUCCACCAUCGGCCCAGUGAUC